CUCCACUAAUUUAUCUAGUAGCUAAAGUUGGGAUUCUAUCUUAGAAAUCUUCAGCACCCAAACUUCGUCAUAAUUAUUGACACAUCGUUUCCCCAAUUCCGAAAACAACAUCGAAAAUAUCAACAUGACAUCAAAUAAUACCAAUACUAGUAAUAACCAAUCUUUAACUCACGAACUCCUCUCCCGCGCCCACAGUCCAGACAGUACGAACCGGAUCUUCGCCGAUAAAAUUCAACACCGGCCUCUCUUCCUGAAGCCGACCUCCCCCCCGCCCUCCUCAAAUGCGCGCGAUGCACGGCGGAGAGCCCGCGCCGAAAAGCGACAGCGCGCGAAAGCCCUAAAACCAAAACCCUUAUCCGCGCGUCAGCGACGCAACCUUGGACUCUAUGAUAUACCCAGGGACGGUCAGAAGUACGCCGUCUUCGAGCCACUAAACCAGCUCUGGCUCGGUUACGCCCGUGAAAUUCUUGGCAACGAACUGUAUAGCGGCGGGCAGGGCGCCGCGGCUAAGCUGAGCGCUGCUGAUUUCCAUGGUGCCGAAGUCGAGGUCUCCCGUAGUGGCUGUCCCAGUCGCGUUGGUAUAAGAGGCAUCAUUAUCAAGGAUGCGCGCUUUGUCUUCGAAAUAAUUACGAGGAAGAACCAGGUCAAGACUGUACCCAAAGAGGGAACCAUAUUUCGUAUCAAUGUUCCUUCUGCGCAGAAUCAGGACCAAGGAGAUGCGACCGUUCAAGAUCGGAAACCCUUUACGUUCGAGUUACACGGCGACCAGUUCCAAUACCGGUCAGCAGAUCGCGCGAAUAAAAAAUUCAAGCCACAUUACUUGAAGAACCUUUGAGGCUAUCAAGGAUAUUCUAGCAUAUCUGCAUAUACGCUUAAGGUAGAGAUC